AUGUAUACCAAAGCUGCCUUAAUCUCGGCCCUGCUUGCCAUUGCAGAGGCCCGCUUCAGCCAGGAACAGAUCCCGGUUGCCGAUAUUCAAGCCCUUGGAAGCUUCGGAAACUCUGGCGAAGCCGCAACUCUGGCCGGUGGUGUCCCCGGUGUCUUGUUGGCUGCUGCCGACCCUUGUGCAAAGCUCACGCUUGCCGACAAGAUCGUGACGACUCUCGGAAACGAUCCUCAGGUUAUCUCCGCGGCUCAGAAGCUCGUUGCCGCCGAGCAGAACUUCAACCCCUUCGCGGUCAGCAUACCGAGCAUUUGUGGAGAUGCGAGCCUCCCUGCAACUGAAGCGCUCCGAGGUAUCGUUCCUCUGGUUGACCCUGCCGUUGGCGACUCAGAUAUUGAGAAUGCCAACUCCGCCACUUCACUCCAAACCCCCUUCGAUGCCGCUGGCCUAAGUGUGGCCGAAGUCAUGACCGCCCAGGGAUUCAGCAACUUCACUGUGAAGGGUGCUGCAGCUGGUGGAAACGCUAACACUGGUAAUGCCAAUGCCGGUAACAACAACAACGGCAACAACAACGGCAAUAACAACAAUAACAACAACAACAAUGCUGGCACAGGUAACGCUGCGACUACCUCCGCCGCUGCUUCAGCAACGGCGACUGCCACAAAGUGCAGCAACAGGUCGAAGACUGCAACCUCGGCUGCCGCUGCCGCUACGUCAUCUGCUGCCUCGAACAACAACACUGGUAACAACAAUAACAACAACGCUGGCAACAACUCCAACAACAACAACAAUAACAACAACAACGCCGGUAACGCCAACGGUGGUGCCACAGCCCAAGCCGGCGCCGGUGCAGUGACUGACCCCGUCACGGGAACUUUCACUGGUUUCGUCGAAAGCAGCCUCGGCCUGAACUUCGGCGCGUGCGUGCCCACGGUCAAGUUCGAGGAGUCCCUGAACGGGCGCAAGGCCGGCGAGUUCACCUUCCAGGCGCAGGACCCGGUCGUCAACAAGGGCCAGCAGGAGGCGCUCAACCCCAACAUCAUCUUCAACCGCAUCUGCGACCAGCUCGGCAACGUGUGCGGCGCCGCCGCCGACGCGAUUGCCGCUUGCAAGUCCGCGCAGGCUAGCCUGGGGGGCGGCGCGAAGGACGCGACGACGGCGGAUGCGUGGAACGAGGCGCUCGGGUUUGCGGGCACUGACUUGAACCCGGAUAAUGCGCCCCAGGCUGGCCUUGUGGGCCACACUUAAGUCUGGAGGUAGAGAGUACCUGAGAUGAGCCCGCUGUGAUCAUGCGCAGUAGGGUGUUGGGGGUCAGCAUGACAUUCCGUGUUGGGCACUUAGUUGUAGCUAUGAAUUGCAUUUUUGGAUAAACAAUCUUGUCA